AUGAGGGUCCAUGUGUUCGGAAAUAAACCAUCGCCCUCCGUAGCCACGUACGGUCUACACAGAACUGCAUUAGACGCUAAGGAUUCCUUUGGACCAGAUGUCACAGACUUUGUUCUGAAACACUUCUACGUAGACGACGGUUUGAUAUCUGUACCCACCGAGAAACAAGCAGUAGACCUGAUGAAACGAACUCAACAUGCUUUAGCUGUUCAUGGUAAUUUACGUCUGCAUAAGAUUGCUUCAAACAGCAAGGAUGUCGUACGAGAAUUUGAUCCAGACGAUCUGUCGAAGGAGCUAAAGAGCCUAGAACUAUCAGCUGACUUACCUGUACAAAGGAGCUUAGGACUCUACUGGAACAUGAACAUUGAUACAUUUACCUUCCAGAUCUCCAGCGAGGAGAAACCCUUGACUCGUCGUGGAGUAUUAUCUGUGAUAAACAGUAUCUACGAUCCCUUAGGAUUUGCCGCACCGGUGACGAUAGAAGGGAAGCUGAUACUGCGCCAGCUGACAGUCGGAAGCACUGGAUGGGACGAGCCACUCAUCGAUAUCGAAGGACAGAAAUGGCAGACAUGGAAAAGGAUGCUUUCCGAUCUCCAAGAUGUAUCCAUACCCCGUCAGUAUGUUCCAUGUUCUCUGCAAGGGAAUAUUCGUAUCAAGCUACAUGUGUUUUGUGACACAUCUGAGAAAGCAAUUGCUGCGGUUGCCUACAUUCAUGUGAUUUAUGAUGAAAACAAACACUAUGUAGGAUUUGUUAUUGGGAAGACCAAAGUUGCGCCCCCUCAUGGGCAUACGAUACCAAGACUCGAAUUGUGCUCUGCUCUUCUUGCAGUUGAAAUCUUCCAAUUGGCCAAUGAACAUUUGAACAUCGAGUUUGACUCUGUGAGAUUCUACUCCGAUAGUAGAGUAGUUCUGGGGUAUAUUACCAACCAGACAAGGCAUAGCAGCUAA